UCUAGGUAGGUACCUCUAUACUACAUGUCCACAUUGAACAUCAAUGGAUGUUCGAAUGUUAAAUUUUGUUCUUAACUAUUUGUCGGUCAUUUUUUUUUCCAUUUCUUUAUAUUAUUGUUAUGAAUAUUUUAUUUUGUUGAUAACUAUUUUCCCUUUUUGUUAUUCAGUUUUGCAUUUUCAUAAAACGUGAUAAUUCCUAUAACGAACUGUUUAUAACAAUUUCAAGUGAUUCAUUUCUCUUUCAACAAACAUGGCAGUUGACAGUUUGUCUGAAGAUUCAUCUGCAGAUUCUGUAAAAAUCAUCGAUAACAGUCGAUUAGAUAAGAAAAAAAAGAAAAAGAAACAUAAGCAUAAAAGUGAACGAAAACAUAAAAAAACCAAAAAAGAAAAUGGAGAAUCUAAAUUACGUGAUAAAAAAAAAUCAAAUGGUGACCAUGUUCAAAAUGGAAAACAAAAACGACCACCAUCACCACCACCACCAGACAUAAGUAAAAAGAAGAAAAUUGAAAAACCAACAAUAACUGAAAUUAAUUUGGAUGAAGAAGAAAUGAAUUUGGAAGAAUUGAUUAAGCAAAAGGCGCUACUUCAAGCUCGACUAGGAGCUUAUUUGUCUGAAUCAGAUGACGGAGAUAAGUCGAUUUCAAAAAGAAAACCAACCAUGAGAAAAUCAGUUGAAACUAUUAAUUUGAUUGAUGAUGAAUCGGAUGAAGAAAAUAAAAUUAAGAAUUUUGAACGUAUAAGAAGUCCAUCAAAGCGUAAUCAUGGUGGUGCCAAUCAAGAAAUAAAAAAAUCAACUCGAGAUAGAAGUUUAAGUAAAGACUUAAUUCAUUCAAAGUCAGAUCGAUUAAAAAAAGAGAAAGAUCGUGAAAAAGAACGAGAACGUGAUAAAGACUAUGAAAGAUCUCGAGAAAAAGAUAAAGAACGACAAAAGAAGAUUAAACAUUUGGAAGAUGAAAAACGACGUGAAAUUAGGCGAAAAGAAGAGGAGAUUAAAAAAAGAGAAGAUGAUUUAAGAAGACGUGAACUAAGAAGACGAGAUGAAGAAAUAAAAGAGAUAGAAGAAGAAGCAAAAAGGCGAACAGAAGAAGUUCGAAGACGAGAAGAACAAAUAAGACAACGUGAAGAUCAAUUAAGAAGGAGACGAGAACGUAUAAAAAGUCCUAUAUCCAAUAGAGAUCGCAAUGCAAGAAGUCCCCUUGCUUCUAAUCGAUACAGAGAUCGGGAUCGUGAACGUGAUCGUGACAGAGAAAGAGAGCGAGAUAGAGAUCGGGACAGAGAUAGAGAUAAAAGAUAUAAUAGAAGGUAUGAUAGAAGAUCCCAUAGUAAAGAACGGCAUUCUAGAUCUCAUAAAGGAAAAGAUAGAGGCGACAAAUAUAAAGAUAGUUUUUCUGAAGGUCUUAAACGUGAUGAUAAAUCAUCUUCUGAUUCUGAUAUUGAUGUUAAUAUAAAUAUUGCUGAAGAUGAAAAUGAAGAAGAAAUUAUUGAGAAAAGAAGAAAGCAGAGAGAGGAAUUAUUAAAGAGAUUAGGAGCAAAUAAUAGUAAUUUGCAUAGUGAAGAUUCUAUGAAUCCUUCUCCUCAUGGAAGUUAUGCAACUGAAACAUCUGCUCAGCAUUCCCCAGAACCUCCUUCUCCCAAAGAAAUUGAUAAAAGAUUAAAUGAUUCUGAUUCAGCACCAGAAAAAGAAACUGCAAAGCCAGAUCACGUUUUAAAUCCUGAUUUAAUAAAAGGCAAAUGGGAUAUGUUUGCUGAAGCUGAUUCAUUUCAUGCUACACAACAUACUCCACAACCAGAUGGUAUACCAAAUGGAAACAAAAGUGUUCCUGAAAAUCCAUCUUUAACAGACAACUGGGAUGAUGCCGAAGGUUAUUAUCGUGUGAGAAUUGGUGAAACAAUGGAUUCACGGUAUACUGUAUAUGGUUAUACUGGACAAGGAGUAUUUUCUAAUGUUGUCCGUGCUAGAGAUGCUGUACGAGAUAAUCAAGAUGUUGCUGUUAAGAUAAUACGAAACAAUGAAAUCAUGCACAAAACAGGAUUAAAAGAGUUAGAAAUAUUAAAACGAUUAAAUGAUUCUGAUCCUGAUGAUAGAUUUCAUUGUUUACGUUUAUACAGACAUUUUUUUCACAAACAGCAUUUAUGUAUGGUUUUUGAACCACUUAGUAUGAAUCUUAGAGAGGUACUUAAGAAGUAUGGCAAAGACAUAGGAUUGCACAUUAAAGCUGUUCGUUCAUAUAGUCAACAGUUAUUUUUAGCUUUGAAGUUGAUGAAAAAGGCAAAUAUCUUACAUGCUGACAUCAAGCCUGAUAAUAUUUUAGUAAAUGAGAGUAAGUUAGUAUUAAAAUUAUGUGACUUUGGAUCAGCUUCUCACAUUUCCGAUAAUGAAAUCACCCCAUAUUUGGUCAGUCGAUUUUAUCGAUCCCCUGAAAUAAUUUUAGGUAUUCCAUGUGAAUUUGGAAUCGACAUGUGGUCUGCUGGUUGUACUAUUUAUGAACUUUACACCGGCAAAAUAUUAUUUCCUGGAAAAACUAAUAAUCAAAUGUUGAAAUUUUUUAUGGAUUUGAAAGGGAAAAUGGCCAACAAAACUAUUAGAAAAGGAAUGUUCAAAGAUCAACAUUUUGAUAGUAAUUGCAAUUUCCUAUAUCAUGAAGUUGACAAAGUUACUGAACGGGAAAAAAUUAUAACAAUGUCUUCAAUAAAUCCUAGUCGUGAUCUAUAUACUGAAUUAUUGGGAAAUCAAAAAUUACCUGAAGAUCAAAUUCGUAAAGUGGGCCAAUUAAAAGAUUUACUCGAUAAAAUAUUGACUUUGGAUUCUUCAAAACGCAUUGGAAUAUCACAAGCUUUGAAUGAAAACAAAUUUGAAAAAUCAUACAACAUGUAGAAAUUGUCAGAAAUCAUUUCUCCAAUAUUAAUUUGGGUUAUCAAACAGAGAAGUGAAUCAGAAAUGGCUAGUUGGUAUCCAUACAGGUAAUAAAAUAAUUUGAUUAAUGAGAA